AUGGUGGAAAGCACGAAGAUUACAGCUCAACCAUACAUUCACAAUCAUGGUGCGAGACUCAGUGAAGGUGUCACAUAUCUAAAGGCUUCGCAGACCCUUUUUUGGGUGGACAUCUUUUUGGGCGAGAUCCACUUUGUUACGAACAUUGACGACCCCAAAGCAUCCCAUAAUGUCAUCAAAAUUAAUGCCAACAACUAUAUCGGAGCUUAUCCGCAUUCUUCAGAGCUUCCGGAGCGUGUGGGUGCUGUAUUCCCCGUAGACUCACCUUCAGGUGUGAAAGAAGCGUUUUUUGCCGGUAAGUACGGAAUAGGGCGUCUGUCGCUUGAAUCGUGCAAGUGGAACUACGAGGUCCUAUUCUCGUCCUGCCACAAUGUGUCUGGAAAAGACUGGGACCGUCUUCGGUCAAACGAUGGUAACGUCGCCCCUAACGGAGACAUAUAUAUCGGAGUCAUGAACGACUUCCAGAUCGGCGUCGACACGAAAAAGGAAGCCGAAGGCUGCUUAUUCCGUGUCAAUCUCAAGCAGAAACACAUUGAGUUGGUCUUGGACAAUUUAUACAUCCCAAACAGUAUCAAUUGGAACACUGCUAACGAUACUAUGUAUCUGAACGACACGCUAAAGUUCAAGACUUGGCAAAUGCCUUACGAAGACGGCGUUCCACGAGUGGCCGAGAAAACGGUUUUUGUUGACUUUGUCCCUGUCAAUGAAAGCUUUGAACUUCCACAGCCCGACGGAUCGGUCGUGGAUCCUCGAGACGGGUUUUCUUACUGCUGCGUUUUCUCGACUCACAAGGUACAGAUAUUCAACCCUGAAGCCCAGUUGCAUCGGGAACUGGUGUUCCCAGAAACACCCAAUAUGACCUGCUGUUGCAUUGGGCCCGGCGGUGACAUUUUUGUCACCACAGCCUCGCUCGACGUUGAACACGGUAAAAGCACCGGUCCCAGCGGUGCCUUAUACCGGGUUUCUGGCGAUUUCGUGACAGCAAAAGGCGAUGUGCCAUCCUCGAAGCGCAAUCCAGAAUAUUAG